AUGGACAACCUUAAUCGCGCCGUCGAGGUUGCCGGCAUGGCAGUGGAUGUCACGCCCCAAGACCACCCCAAUCGCGCUGGUUACUUAAACAACCUUGGAACCUGGCUCGGCAGGCGGUUUGAACGCACCGGUUCGAUAAGCGAUCUCGACCGUGCCGUCGACGUUGCGACCAAGGCAGUGGACGCCACACCUCAAAACCACCCCGAUCGCGCUGGCAGGUUAAACAACCUUGGAAACAGGCUCGGCAGGCGGUUUGAACGCACCGGUUCGAUAAGCGAUCUCGACCGUGCCGUCAACGUUGCGACCAAGGCAGUGGACGUCACACCUCAAAACCACCCCGAUCGCGCUAGCAGGUUAAACAACCUUGGGAACAAGCUCGGCAGGCGAUUUGAGCUUACCGGUUCGAUGGAUGAUCUCGACCGUGCCGUCGACGUUGCGACCGAGGCAGUGGACGCCACGCCUCAAGACCACCCUAAUCGCGCUGGCUACUUGAACAGCCUUGGAACCUGGCUCGGCAGGCGGUUUGAGCGCACUGGUUCGGUGGGCGAUCUCGACCGUGCCGUCAACGCGGUUUGA